CGCUCGCUCUCUUGCUCGUGCACGCACGCCCUCUGCUUCUCCCUCUCUCUCUCUCUCUUUCUCCCUCGCGCGCGCUCAGAGCACGAGCCAGUCAGUGCAGCGCAUUCCUCAGCUGCAUGCAGUGCAAGGGACGCGCGAGACUGCGAGACAGAGCGCAAAAAAGAGAGACAGAAAGUGGGGAGGAAAGCUCGCGAGCCGCGUCUGGAUUUCGCCACAUGAUGCUCGUUUUCGCUUCUCCUCAGUUCUGCUCGGCUGGAGCUUCUCUCGAGCUGGAUUAACUCGAUUUAGACUCUUUUUUGUUUUUGGAUUAUUCCCCGCGGCGCUGUCUCCCUCAGCCUGGAGCUGGACCUACUUCAGUUUCGUGAAGCGGGAGAGGUGCAGAGAGGAGCAGCCCGUGCCAUGGCCUCUGGCCUUUAACUGCGACUGAAUGCCAAGAAGCUGCUGAAGCCAGACAGUGUUGCGUGAGCACCUGCACCGUUUUCUUUCUGACCGAGUUGGAUCUGAUUUAGCAGCGUGAAGAGGAUGUUUCCCUCGCUCUCGCUCUGCGUGCUGGCGCUCCUGCUCGUGUCCCAGCAAGGCUCGGGAAUCCGAUGGCUGGCUUUAUCCUCGUCGACUCAGCACAUCAAUAAGACGCAGCAGUGUAAGACGCUGCCCGGCCUGGUGUCCUCUCAGGCCCAGCUGUGCCGCACUAAUCUGGAGCUGAUGCAGACCUUCGUCCAGGCGGCGCGCGAGGUCAAGAAGACGUGCCAGAAAACCUUCGCGGAUAUGCGCUGGAACUGCUCCUCCAUCGAGGCUCCGAAAUACCUCCCUGACCUGGAGAGAGGGACGAGGGAGUCUGCGUUUGUUUACGCUCUCUCUGCGGCCGCUAUCAGUCACACCAUAGCGCGGGCAUGUACGACCGGAGACCUGAGGCUGUGCACGUGUGGCCCAAUCCCAGGUGAGAUACCUGAGCCGGGGUACAGGUGGGGCGGCUGCGCGGAUAACCUGCACUACGGCCUCCUCAUGGGCUCAAAGUUCUCAGACGCGCCGAUGAAGAUGAAGAAGAAGCCCGGCUCACACGCCAACAAACUGAUGCACCUGCACAACAGCGAAGUGGGGCGGCAGGUGCUGAAAGACGCGCUGGUGAUGAAGUGUAAGUGUCACGGUGUCUCGGGCUCCUGCUCCAUUCGCACCUGUUGGAGAGGGCUACAGGACCUGAAGGAAAUCGCCAUGGACCUGAAGGCCAAGUACCUGUCGGCCACCAAGGUGGUCCACCGGCCGAUGGGCACGCGCAAACAGCUUGUGCCCAAAGACAUCGACAUCCGUCCGGUGCGUGAGAACGAGCUGGUUUACCUGCAGAGCUCACCUGACUUCUGCACAAAGAACGAAAAACUGGGCUCGGUUGGCACUCAGGAGAGGCAGUGCAACAAGACGUCCAGCGGCAGCGACAGUUGCGACCUGAUGUGCUGCGGCCGAGGCUACAAUCCGUACACCGAGAAAGUGGUUGAACGCUGCCACUGCAAAUACCACUGGUGCUGCUACGUCACCUGCAAGAAGUGCGAGAGGACUGUGGAGAGAUACGUGUGCAAAUGAUUCGGAUCUCCUUCUGAACCGCCCCGAUUCUGGAGAAGAACCUACAGCUAGCCCUUUGAUUCUUCGGGUUCUGAUGCAAGUUAGAGUACGCCGGAGCUCCGGGGUUUGGCAAUUUCGCUUCCUCUCAAUCCAGAUUUUAUAUAGAAUUUCUGCACAAGGAAUUCUAGUCCUUUUUUUGGAUCUCUGACUUUCAGACCUUACCCAGCUUUACCCACUCCAGACUUCCACAGAUAUAACCAAAGCACUACGCUACUACAGAGAAGGCUUAAAUUUGUCUUAAGCUUGCAUAUUUUCGAGGAAAAAUGGUAUUUUUUUUGGUUUGUUUUAUGAAUAUUCUCAACAAAACUCCGACCCAGAAGCUGGACUUUGAUUUGCAUGAACUGGACUUUUCCGUUUUUUUUACGAACAAACGUCGGUUGACAUAAGUGUGACGAAAUACGAAUGAGGUUUUGUUGCGAAGGCCGUCCUAAAGUUUGUUGUUGUUGCGUUUUCAAAGAAUACAUACGCUUUCGUAUUUGGAUAUCGCAAGCUAUAUUUUCUUAUACUCUGUAAUGGUGCCUUCUACCUUCUUCGACGAGGAAGAGCUCUCCUAAUAACGACCUGGAAUUGGACAAGGGAAUUGGAGAGUGUUCAAGGGAAUUCCAGUUAUGAAUUUGGAGGGAUUUGUGCGUUCGGAUGGUACUUUACUUUUUUGGAAAGAAGCAUUUAUUGGACUGGGAACAGUAAUAAAAGACCAAACGGACCUUCUCGGAUGUGGAACUGUGUGUAUCAGCCUGAGUAGUUCACCAGUAUGAGAAAAUACCAGCAUUUACCUUUGUAUCCUCACCAAGAACGUUUUGGACUCUACGUGUUGUACCUUACAUUUUUUAUCCAACGUGCAGGCGACCGCGGCUGCUACAGCAAUACUACAAGCAGUGCCACAUCAUGAACCACUUAUCUGUGGAUGUACAUACUGUCAUUUUUGUAUGCUGAAUUAAAAAAAAAGAAAUAUUUAUAGACUAAUUAAAGAAUCUUUACUGAA